AUGACCAAAUCAAAGGACAAGUCAGCAGAUGUUGAUCGUCUCGAUCAAAAGGUCAAUGCAUCCCCUCUCGAAGAGCAAUCUCGCAAAGACGCCAACUUUGCUGAGAUCGAAUCCAAACUGCCUGAGCGCUUUUCAAAAUCAGACAUGAGCUUCAUUGAUAAAGGCACAAGCUUGCUUGGGACUCAUAACCCUUUUGGCAAGAAAGCGAAUCCUAAAGACAAUGAAGUCUGGGUCUUAAACAAUACUGCAUACAGACCCCAGAAGCCUGGCAAUGAUACCCUUCAGCCUUGGGAGGCAGAAUUCGUUGCUUGCUUCUUCCGAACUGGUCGGAAGGACAUCACAAAGACAGUCAGCACUAUUGCUGAUCUAAUUGGCCUGGACGGUAAGGCAGGAUUGGACCCGGAAACCAGUAAGCGAAUGGAAGAACGUCUCAGACCUUUCGUUCAAGCCAUUGCACCUGCUCGCACUGUGGAGGUUGUGCUUCCCUGUUCAGAUGGAUCCAGUCCUCCUCAUAAACGACACCUGGGUCCAUCAAAUCAAAAUGGAAUCAGCAGUCAGAUCUUGCCGACUGGAGGCUCCGCCGACAUGGAUGGGAAAACCAUCACGGGUGAAAGUGCGGAUGGUCAAUUUCCAGCCUUGACAUUCAAGACCCGUUUCGUGGAGCCCCACGGUUGGGGAAUCAUCACCGAUGUGGACGACACAAUCAAAGUCACGCAAACAUCCAGUCCUACUGGCCUCUUGAAAUCUACAUUUGCCGACAUCCCAAAAACCACUGAAGGCAUGCCAGAGUUCUACAAGGUGCUAGAGGAAGCGUUUGGACACCCGCCAUGGUUUUAUCUAUCUGCUUCCCCGUACAAUCUUUAUCCUUUCCUCCACAAGUUCAUCUCUGAACACUACCCUGAAGGCACAAUGAUCCUUCGUGAUUCCUCAUGGAUGUAUCUUGGGGGCCUUCUGCAAUCCUUCACUGAAGGUGUCAAGGAGUACAAGACCGACCGGAUUGAAAAAAUUCACUCAUGGCUACCUCAACGUCAAUUCAUCUGCAUUGGGGACUCCACACAGUCUGAUCCUGAAUCAUACGCGGAGAUUUACGCCAAGUACCCUGACUGGAUCAAGGCUAUUUACAUCAGGAAGGUAACCGAUAUUCCUCACAUGGAGGCCAAAAACAGAAAUCAGAGAUUCAUCGACUGUUUCAAGGAUGUGCCUGAUCAUUGUUGGAGGGUGUUUGAAAAGCCUCAGGAAUUGGCUGAGCACGUUAAGCAUCUCGCUGGACAAGCUCAUUCUGGUGUUGUUGGCUCGGUUUUGGGUAUGUAG